AUGGCUGGAUUGCAAAGGUCAGAAAUAUCAUUUAGAAGAUCAGGAUCAUCAGGACUGGUAUGGGAUGACAAGUUGAUAUCUGGAGAAUUGAAGCAAGAAAAGGGGAAAGAAGAAGGAGGAGGAGGAGGAGGAGGGAAGGUUGAAUCUCGAGAACAACAAUCAUAUCGGACGGUGAAGGUUGAACCCAAAUUAAUAGACCCACCUUCUCCUAAAGUCUCUGGCUGUUGUGGUGGCAUGUUUGGAAAACCAGUGGCUCAACAAAAAAAACCCGCCAAAUCAGCAAGAGGAGGGGGAUGGAGGAAGAAUGAGGACUCCGCCUCAAUUGGGAAAGUGCCUCCACCAUCAUUCACGCAUUUCGCUAACAUGACUAUUAAGCAUUAA